AUGCAUAUCCCGUCUUUCGGCCAAACUGCCACGAUUGGCAUGGCUUUCUAUGCCAUCGCUGUUGUAGCUGCACCAGUAGCUCAGCCAAUCGCCGAGCCUAGGUUCGAGACAGGUGACCUUAUCGAACGUUCUCCUGAGGCAGCUCCUGAUGUUGAUUUACCGACCCUACGCGACGCCAUCGUCGCUCGCGAUGAACCAAGCGAAGGAUCCCAACUCGAAGCACGCGACGACAAGAAACAAAACAAUCAAGAUCAAUACCAUAAUAACAGCAAAUGCAAGCGCGGUAAGGGAGGCGGCAGAGACGAGGGUUGCGACUACGGCGACUACGGAGGCUACGGCGGUGGCAAGGGAGGCGGUGGAUACGGCGGUGGCGGCUACGGCGGUGGCGGCUACGGAGGUGGUGGGUACGGUGGUGGUGGAUACGGCAACGGAGGCGGAUACGGCAACGGAGGCGGCUACGGCAAUGGCGGUGGCUACGGCCACGGCAAAGGCGGCCACGGUCUUCAGGACUCCGACGAGGCAAAGAGCGAUCAGAAGGACAACGACCUCGGCAAGCGAGACGAGGCCGGUCUUCCCGGUGAAGAUAAGAACAAGGAGGGUGGAGUUGAUAUCCUAAACAAUAAGGGCGGCGGUGGUGGCUACGGAGGAUACGGCGGCGGAAAGGGUGGAGGAUACGGUGGCGGCGGGUACGGUGGAGGUGGGUAUGGUCACGGGGGCGGCGGCUACGGGGGCGGUGGCUACGGCAACGGCGGGUACGGCAACUGCAAGGGUGGAUACAAAUGCGGCGGAGGGUACGGUGGUGGAGGGUACGGCGGCGGCGGGUACGGCGGUGGAAAGGGAGGCGGAUACGGUGGUGGCUAUGGUGGCCACGGUCACUAA